UCAGGCAUAGAUAAUAUUUUAAUUGAAUUUAUUCAGUUCCCAUUUGCUCAUAGGUCCUUAAUUUUUUUUCAUUAAUGGUACUUAAAAGUCCUUAAUUUCCACGUGCAGAAAUGUUUAUGAACCCUGUUUUGUCUGAUUUCUUAGCAUCUUAUUCUUUCUAGAUUCUGGUUCAAUUCUUUAUUCUUUUUGGCUGUUCAUCUGUAGUGUUGGUUUCCUGUUGGAAACAUGCCUUUUCAAAGUCAUUUGUGCUCUGCCACUGUACCUCGCUGGUUGUGAUUUUUCUUGUUUGUUACUGUCUUUUAAGUAAAUCACCGUUUUUCGAAUUUUCCCAAUUGCAUAAGGUUCUUGAAAUCAUGGACAGCAUUUAGCUACCCUGUCUUCAUGAGCACAUGAUAAUGAAUGUUUUGCUUUUAACACUUGUUGUCUCCCUUGUAAUUCAUAUCUUGCUUUUUCUCAUCAUAAUACAAUUUUUACUUUUCUCUUGCCAUAUCUGAAUGUCUUACUACUUCAUCUGUUAUUUUCUGUAUAUCUUCUAUUUUAAAGUAUGGAGCUCUGUCUUCUACACAAAGAAUAAUAAUUUAACCAUGUGGCAUAAUUAGUUUUCGGACUAAGAAUAAUUUUGCUAGAGUCUUUCCCGUCAUGUCAUGCAUAGCUGAUGUUAAGGCAAACGUUAACUGGUUGACCCAGCUAUCCCAGGGCUUAUGAUAGUUUUUCACACAGCAACAUGUAAUUUUAAUUCUGUUCUUAUUGACCUGCUCCACUGUGUGUGAGUGCAGCUGAAAAAGCACCAUUUUAAAAUGUUCUAUGCUAAGGCCUGUGCAUGGUUUCUCAAAUAUUUGCCUAAUAAAACUGUUUCCCAUUAUCUGAUAUUACUUUUAAGGGUGCUCCAUAUUUCUAAAUAUAUUCAUUUAAGAGGGAAUCUUGAACUGUUUUAGAGGAGGCUGCUCUUAGGAGGACUAUUUUUACCCACUUAGAGAAAUGAUCUACAAUAAAAAGUUUAUAAAAGUAUAGCUUGAACAAAUGAAAACAGCUGUGGAACAUAGUCUUAAGUUAUGGCUGCAAGAAAUCUUGGAAAAUCUCAGCCUUUGACUCUCAGUGGACCAUUUGAACAAACAGAAAAGCCUAGCAGCACUUUGAAGAGGCAUCCAAAGAUGGAGCUUAGUAAACCAGACCUCCUUCAGCUCUUAGGAGUUUUAGAAGGCGAAUUACAAGCAAGAGAAAUAGUUAUAGCUGUUCUGAAGGCAGAGCAAGUGAAGCAGCUUUUAUAUCCAAAACGCAAACCUGCAUCUGCAAACGAUCCAUGGGCAGCACUCCAGCGUGAUUGCCUAGGAGCAUUUGAUGCAACUUUUGAUGAGGCAGCUGUUAAAAAUUUGUAUGGUAUGCAAUUGUCUCAGCUGGAAAAUUUUUUAAAGCAACAUAAAGCUGCUCAGACUAAAUUAAAGCAACAGUUGCAAGAGGCAGAACAAAGAUGUGAAAAGCUUCUUGCUGAAUUAGAGGAAGAAAAGCGUAAGCAUGCUCAAGAUACUGCUCAAGGUGAUGAUGUGACUUAUUUACUUGAAAAAGAGCGUGAACGCUUGCAUCAAGAAAAUGAAUUUGAAAGGCAACAAAAUAGGUGUAUGGAAAAAGAUAUAAAAUGUUUAACUGAGACAUUAGAGCAAGAGAGAUUAAGACAGAAACAAAUGGUUUUAUUACUUCUAGCAGAGCGGAAAAGAUUAAUAUAUCGUUAUGCUGAAGAAAAGCAAAAAUGUGACAGAUUAUCUCAGAUACUUUGUGAUGAAAAAGGAAGAAUAGCUGACAUGGUUGAUGGAUUAGAAGAAGAAAGUAAAAAAUCCUUACAGAUGGAAGCAGAAUUAGAAAAACAGUUAUGUGAGUUUGAGGUUGAAAGGGAACAGUUUAAAACCGAAAUGGCAGAAUUAGAAGCAAAAAACAGUGAAUUGACUGCUGAAGUACAAAGGUUGCAGGAAGAGCUUGAAAACUUGCAGAAGCUAUCAGCAAGUUCUAGUCUUAGUUCUUUGUCUCAAUUAGGAGAAGGUGUGAGAAGUACUAUUGUAACAAUGGUUUCAACUCCACCUAUACGUGCUGUACCCACAAUAUCUCCUACAGUUAGCCCACCACGGGGAGUUGCUCGUGCUCUUUGUCCAAAAGUUGGACCUGCUCCUGCAACGCCUGCAAAGCCUCCUGGUCUCAUUCCUCAAGCUCCUACAAAGAUCUGUCCUGCUACAGCUUCUAAACCUGUAGUAUCUGCUGUUGCAUCAAAUGCAGUUUCACCAUUGUGUAGCCCACCUUCAUCAACUGCAUUAAAAAGCUCUUCCAAAGUUGUGAAACCAGGAUCUUUAGCUCCAGUAACUUCUUCGGUUUCAGAUGGAGUAGGAACUCUAUUACAAGUAGCUUCUGGUCCACAAUAUGCUGAAAAUAUGUUAUCUCCACCUGAGGGUGAAAAAGGUGUCAGUGAUAUCAGUGCACAGUCUUCAAAAGUGUUUUGUAAUGUUAAAGUUUCUAGUUCUGUGUCUGUUCAUAAACCUGGAACAGCAGCUGUUCCUAAUUCCACAAAUGCCAAGAAGUUACCUAUAGGAAGAGGAGCACCACCUCCUAUUCCUCCUAAUAAGCCAGUAUUGCCACCACAAGCACUUCAUAGGAAAGAUACUGGUUCUAAGCCUCCAGUUCCGCCGCGUUCUGAUGUAGCACCUGAAAACAUUGCUGAUAAGAAUCUCCAGAGGGUAGGAAUGCCUUCUAGAUUUGUAGCUCCUCCUAAGGUAGCUACAGAUGAUUGCUCUGGGAAUGUUACACCAUCUGAAAAAGAUGAGACUCAGGUGGGUGUUUCUAAUGAAACAUGUAACGUUGCCACUACUACCACCACUACCACCACUACCACCAUUUCCACCACCACAGUUAAUAAUACUAUAAUUUCAGGUAAUAAUCUGGGACCUGAAGUAUUAGUACAAGAAUUAGCUGAUUUUCAGCAAAUUCUUGUCUCUAUGGCUUCUAACAAGUUAUCUAAUUCUUUGAAUUCAGAUUGAUUGUAAAUGCUUGUUGAUGAUUGUAAUACUACUGAAAUAUCUUAAUGCAAGAUACGUUCUGUGCUUCUAGAAAAAUGUAAAAAUAUUGUCUGCUUUUCUAAUUUAUUGAAAUAUAUUAGAAUACAUAGUUUUGGGAAGAACAUACAUUUGUAUUUGUUAAGUAUGUAUAGGGCAUCUACCAUUAGUAAUCGGAAUUUAAAAUUUAAUUUUAAGUAACAUGAAAUAAAGUUCCUAAAAAAAUUUAGCCAUUUUCUGCUUUAUGCUCAGUUGCUGAUUUAAAAAUUCUCAUAAUUUUUAGCUUUCAUUUGAAUGUUUGUAUGAAAAUCUGCAUAUUAAUAUUUUUUAUUUGUUUUUUAAUGUAUGCCAGAUAUUUUGCAUAAAUAAACUGGAUUGAAAAGUUAAAGGAUAAAUUGUGAAAAAUAAAGUAAAACUCAUAUUUUUGGCCUAAUUUUGCAUGAAAUUUGACUAAAAUACUAAUUCUAAAAUUUUUUAUCCAAUUGUUGUUCAAAUGAAGUUUGUCUGUUAAAAGUGAUGGGCAGUUGAAAGAAUGCAAUGCAGAAAAAAUUAUCCAGAGCACUAAAUAUAUCCCAAAUAUGUAUACUCUUUAAAUCAAGAAAAACAGUUUAAUGAAACUGAUGAAGUAUCUUUUUGCGAACGGCAAGCCAUCCAGGUGUACAACCACAUUGGUUAGGUUAGAUUAAGUUAUUUCAAUACAGAAAGGCAUAAUGGCUGUCUGCCUAAGAACAGGAAUGCCUCAGUGGAGGAUUUUCUGAAAGAUCAUGGCUUGUAUUCACAUUAUGCGUGGGUGAUACUCUGAAAACCAAGCAUGCAGCCAUCCCAUUUGCCUGGUAUUGAACCCAAACCUGGUCAAACUACCAGUUUUCAGCAGUCUUAACCACAUGACCAUUGCUGGGCCCAACCAAAUUAGCUUUUACAGAAAUGAGAAACAUUCUGGUGGCCUUACAGGUAACUCUGAGCUUACUUUUAUCUGGAGAGAAGCACAUAAUCAGAUAUUAAAUUUAGAAUGUUGCAUGAAAUAUUGUAUGAAAGAUACUUUUCUUCAGGAUAGGUCACCAGAAUUUUGCUGACACUGUGAAAGCCCACAUGUAAAUCAGAUUGCCAGAUGCCAACUUCUGUUUAAGCCUAAAUAAACUGUUUUUUAAUAUAAAUUAUUUUUAUUGAUACAUUAUUUUAACAUAAAAGUAUUUUACGAUAUAUUAAAAAAAUCUUUGAAGUCGCAAAAGUAGCAGAAGAUGAUGGAUGUCACAAAAAUUUCACAAAAUCGCAAAUAUGAAAUUUUAGUAACACAAACUUGUCAAGUCACAAAUUUGCUGAAAAAUUGUAUGAUCUGGCAACACUGCUAUAACAGGAGAGUGGUAGGCCUUACUGUACAUUCAUGCUGUGUGAUAUCCUGAUUAGAUAAAACAGGUAUAUGCUUGAAAUGAUAUAAAAAGCAAUGUAGUGGAACCCUAUAAGCUGAAAUUGAUUUCUCUUUGGAAAUAAGUCUAGCUUUUGCUUGAAGAAAGAUUUUAGAUGUAUACUAAUCUGGAGGAAAGAAGAUAAAAAACAUGCUGAAAGACAUAGAUUUAAAAGUAGACACUGCUGUUUGCAGAAAAGUGAUGUGAAAUAUCUCUAUAAAAGGUGGUUUAUAUAUAUAUAUAUAUAUAUAUAUAUAUAUAUAUAAUUUUUUUUUUUAGUUGAAUUCUAAAAUGCUCAGACGUGUAGAGAUGAGAUCUAGGCUCUAUAUAUUUGUAAAUAAGCUCUCAGCCCUGAAUUCAUGUUACUGAAUGAUUACAUAUGAUAGCAAUACUCAUCUGUGAGUUAUUCCCUGUUCUCUGAGAGUAUGAGUUGAUCUGUCUGCUUCCCUGCUUUAAUUGAGACUUUAUGUAGCAAGAGCAAGUGCACUUUAUUAAAUAGUUGGAUUUGCUCCUACAAAUUAUCAUACUUGCUUUUAAAUAGCUGAACAAUUAUUGCCAUUUUAGUUGUGUUGUAGAAAUUUAAUGUCUACCCCACUUCAUAUCAUUCUUGCAUUUUAAAACUUGUUUCAGAACUGCAUUGUAUAUGUUUGCAUUUUAUAAAUAAUUAAAUAUAAAGAGUUUAUGUAAAUUUCUAACUUAUAUCUGAUUAAACAACUAGAGUUAAAUCUGCUUAUAUGAAUUAUCCUUUAAUUUUCCAUCCAGUAUAUAAUUGAAAACUUUUUUUCUUCCUGCUGUCUGCUUUUUAAUCUCAAUUUGUUUAUCUGAAAGUUUUCUCAAAAAUAUAUUGGCAUUCAUAACUCAGCAUUAUUUCCUAAAAUAAUUAUCUGGAGGCUAUUAAUGUUUUAAUAGUGUAUAAGAUGCAGUUGCAGCAAAAUGAUGUGGAUUUAUUAUUAAUUGUAAAUGAAUUAGUUCAGUAUUCCUCCCCCUUCCAGUGCAAGUCUUACAAUAUGACAGAUGAAUAAUAACUUUCACAGUUUUGUGUCCAGUUCAUGCUGUGUAUGUAUACAUUUUCUCCUAGCAAACUUAAAUGCAUGUAAUUUUAAAUCCCAUAUUUUAUUUGUGCUCUUUUCAAAAUCUUGUACAGAUCUGAAGUUAGUUAAUAGUAUGUAACAUUGGUCUUGGUCCAGAUAAUUUGAAAAAUUUUAACAUGUUUAAAAGGUUUGUGCCUUAGGGGACAUUACAUGAGUAGUUCAUGAAUAAUUUUAUCAUAUUAUGCUGCCUUUCAAAAGCUAAAAUAUUUCUUUUAAAUAUCAGUGACAUUCUAAAUCAAUUAUCACUGAAAUCUGUAAUCUUAUAGCUAUUUAAUUUUAUACAUCAAUGAACUGUGUAAUUUGCAAAGAAUUUCAUUUUUGCUGUUUUUAAUUAAUGGAGGGUUCAUAAAAUGCAUGAGUGCAGCUGUCUUGGAAGUACUUUUAAUAUUUUUAAGCUGUUAAACACGUAUGAUAUAGUAUAAAGUUUGCAUGUGUCUGAGGCAUUCUACUUAAUUUUGCAAGUCUUGAACGAAAGUUUUUUUAAUAUAUAUAUUCAUGUUCAUUAGUUAUGCUUCAAUGGAAACUGUUUAAUUUUUUUUAUGGUAUCUUUGAGAGAACAUAUAUUCUGGAAGUACAAAUGAUGUAAAUUUUACAUGGAAAGAGAAUAUCCUAAUAUGUUUCAAUUUUAACAUUUUAUAUUAAAAAACUUGAACAUC